AUGGAGAAAUAUUUCAAAAGAACUUUAUCAUUGGAGAUUGGAUCCCCAAACAAUUCAUCAACCUCUUCUAACAAGAGGAGGUUUUUAGAAUUUGAAGUAGAGAGUCUCAUAGCUGAUCCAGGACAACGACCAAAGAUUUCAAGUUAUCAUCCGAAUGACAGAGACAAAGUUAGAUGUGCAUAUUUGCAAAAAGGUUCUUGUCAACCAAGGACUCAUGAUUUUCCGCAAAGUGCUUGUGGUUCUUCUUUUCGAAGAUUUAAUCCUAGUUGGUUUGAUGAUUAUGGCAAUUGGUUUGAGUAUAGUAUAUCAAAGGAUGCUGUUUUCUGUCUUUGUUGCUAUCUUAUGAAACCUGAGAAUGAAGGUGGUGAUACUUUUGCUAAAAAGAAUUAUCAAAUUCACUUGAUAGCCACAAUUGAUUGUAUUAGAUUUCUUUUGCGACAAGGAUUGGCCUUUCGUGGUAAUGAUGAGACAGAUGAUUCUGUUAAUCAAGAAAAUUUUUUGGAACUUCUAAAUUUUCUUGCACAACAUAAUGAAGAGAUUGAUCGUGCUUUUAAAAAUGCUCGUGGGAAUCUUAAACUAAGAGCUCCCUCAAUUCAAAAAGAUAUUGUAAGAGCGGCUGCAAAUGAAAUGACAAAAGCUAUUGUAAAUGAUCAUGGUGAUGAAUUGUUUGCUGUUUUGGUUGAUGAAGCUCGCGAUAUUUCUAUUAAGGAGCAAAUGUCAGUUUGUUUAAGGUAUGUGAAUAAAGAAAGGCAAGUUAGAGAGCAUUUUCUUGGUCUUGUUCAUGUUUCUAAUACUAAUGCUUUAUCUCUAAAAUUAGCAUUGGAGUCAUUAUUAGAAACAUAUAAUUUAAGUUUAUCAAGAGUACGUGGCCAAGGAUAUGAUGGUGCAAGUAAUAUGCAAGGAGAAUUUAAUGGUUUGAAAAUUUUGAUAUUGAAAGAAAAUUCUUAUGCUUUCUAUGUACAUUGCUUUGCCCACCAACUUCAGUUAGCUCUUGUAACGGUUGCAAAAAAAUAA